UCCGGUGAGCAUCUCAAACGCGAUCUGAGCUCCGCUGGUGCUAAAAUGUCGCUUGUGGUAGGGGUGAUCCGUCGGCUAGACGAGACAGUGGUGAACCGCAUCGCGGCGGGUGAAGUUAUCCAGCGGCCGGCUAAUGCCAUCAAGGAGAUGAUUGAGAACUGUUUAGAUGCAAAAUCUACAAGUAUUCAAGUGAUUGUUAAAGAGGGAGGCCUCAAGUUGAUUCAGAUCCAAGACAAUGGCACUGGGAUUAGGAAAGAAGAUCUAGACAUUGUGUGUGAGAGGUUCACUACAAGUAAAUUGCAGUCCUUUGAGGAUUUAGCCAGAAUUUCUACAUAUGGCUUUCGGGGUGAGGCUUUGGCCAGCAUAAGCCAUGUGGCUCACGUUACAAUUACAACCAAAACAGCUGAUGGAAAGUGCGCAUACAGAGCAAGUUACUCAGAUGGGAAGCUGAAAGCUCCUCCUAAACCAUGUGCAGGCAAUCAGGGGACCCAGAUCAUGGUGGAGGACCUUUUUUACAACAUAGCCACGAGAAGGAAAGCUUUGAAAAAUCCAAGUGAAGAGUAUGGGAAAAUUUUGGAAGUUGUUGGCAGGUAUUCAAUACACAAUUCAGGCAUUAGUUUCUCAGUUAAAAAACAAGGUGAGACAGUGGCUGAUGUUAGAACACUGCCCAAUGCCACAACUGUGGACAACAUUCGCUCCAUCUUUGGAAAUGCUGUUAGUCGAGAAUUAAUAGAAGUUGAGUGUGAGGAUAAAACCCUAGCCUUCAAAAUGAAUGGCUACAUAUCCAAUGCAAACUACUCAGUGAAGAAAUGCAUCUUCUUACUCUUCAUCAACCAUCGUCUGGUAGAAUCAGCUUCCUUGAGAAAAGCCAUAGAAACAGUGUAUGCAGCAUAUUUGCCCAAAAACACGCACCCAUUCCUGUACCUCAGUUUAGAAAUCAGCCCCCAGAAUGUGGAUGUCAAUGUGCACCCCACAAAGCAUGAAGUUCACUUCCUGCAUGAGGACAGCAUCUUGGAGCGUGUGCAGCAGCAUAUCGAGAGCAAGCUCCUGGGCUCCAACUCCUCUAGGAUGUACUUCACCCAGACUUUGCUACCAGGACUUUCUGGUACCUCUGUGGAAAUAGUUAAGUCCACAAUGGGUGUGACCCCCUCUUCUGCUUCUGGAAGUGGAGACAAGGUCUAUGCCCACCAAAUGGUCCGUACAGAUUCCCGAGAACAGAAACUUGAUGCCUUUCUGCAGCCUGUGAACAAGGCUCUGUCCUGCCAGCCCCAGCCCAUGGUCCCAAAAGAUAGCACAGAUGAUUCUAGUGGCAACACUAGGCAGCAAGAUGAGGAGAUGCUCGAACUCCCAGCCCCUGCUGAGGUGGCUGCCGACAAUCAGGACAUGGAGAGGGAAGUUACAAAGGGGACUUCGGAAACAUCGGAGAAGAGAGGGCCUACUUCUAGUCCAGCCAACCCCAGAAAAAGACUUCGGGAAGACUCUGAUGUAGAAAUGGUGGAAGAUGGUUCGCAAAAGGAAAUGACAGCAGCCUGUACCCCCCGGAGAAGGAUUAUUAAUCUCACCAGUAUUUUGAAUCUCCAAGAAGAAAUUAAUGAGCGGGGACAUGAGACUCUCCGGGAGAUGCUGCAUAACCACUCCUUUGUGGGCUGUGUGAAUCCUCAGUGGGCCUUGGCACAGUAUCAGACCAAGUUAUACCUUCUCAACACCACCAAACUCAGUGAAGAACUGUUCUACCAGAUACUCAUUUAUGAUUUUGCCAAUUUUGGUGUUCUCAGGUUAUCGGAGCCAGCUCCACUCUUUGACCUCGCAAUGCUCGCUUUAGACAGUCCCGAGAGUGGCUGGACAGAGGAAGACGGUCCUAAAGAGGGACUUGCCGAGUACAUUGUUGAGUUUCUGAAGAAGAAGGCUGAGAUGCUUACAGAUUAUUUCUCUUUGGAAAUUGAUGAGGAAGGGAACCUGAUUGGAUUACCCCUUCUGAUUGACAACUAUGUGCCCCCUUUGGAGGGACUGCCUAUCUUCAUACUUCGACUGGCCACUGAGGUGAAUUGGGAUGAAGAAAAGGAAUGUUUUGAAAGCCUUAGUAAAGAAUGUGCUAUGUUUUACUCCAUCCGGAAGCAGUAUGUAUCAGAGGAGUCCACCCUCUCUGGCCAGCAGAGUGAAAUGCCUGGCUCAACUCCACACUCUUGGAAAUGGACUGUGGAACACAUUGUCUAUAAAGCCUUUCGAUCACACCUUCUGCCUCCUAAACAUUUUACAGAAGAUGGAAAUAUCCUGCAGCUUGCUAAUCUGCCUGAUCUAUACAAAGUCUUUGAGAGGUGUUAAAUGUGGUCAGUUAUGGACCCUGUGGUAUGUCUUUUCUAUCCCAGUGUU